UAGUGUAUGUAGAGAACGUCGUCUGCUGAGAACUCUGAUCUUUUGAGCAUAAUUUGGACCUAUUCUUCAGCAAAUAUUUAAAUGCUAAAUCACAACAUGGCACGAGUUCCUUCAUUCUUGCUGAGUAGUCUAGUGACUGUCUGGCUCUCGUCACAAUCAAUUGAAGGUAAGUUCAUUCUAACAACACAGAUUUUGAGUAGACAGUAGAACAGGCAGUCGUACAGUGACAUGUUAAAACAUGGAGCGUACACUUCGGCGUCGUGGUUGUGGAAAUAAUUGUAAAUGCGGAGGAAUAGUAAGAAAUGAUGUAUGGUGGAAGUAAGGUGUCAGUUUGUGAAAUUAUGGGAUUUGUCAGGAUAUUCUGAAAAGAGCAACAUCCAAGAGGCCAACUUGCCAUUACUAACACUACGGAGCAAAUUGUCUCUUAAAUAUUAGCCCAGUGAUGCUCUGAUGACUGGCGGUGAGUAACAAGUUUAACAAUAAAACAAACAGUGAAAAAGGAAUUCUCUAUUUUUUUUUUACAUGAGGCUUCAAAAACACCCUAAACAGUCUCAUGUACUGAUUAAAGAUAUGUAAGGCAUGGGUAAGGAGUCAAUUACGUUGAGCAUGGAAUUGGCUAAAACUCAAUGUUACGAGUUCGAAUGUUUUGAGGACAAUCAUUCACUGACUAUAAGCACGCAGGCCAGGAUUAACACAAAGAAGUUUAUAGUAAAACCAAAGGAACAUAGUCUUUACAGAGCUUUAAAACACAACAUGCUCCAACACAAACUUGACUUGAACUUAAGUAAAACUAAACAGCCUCUGCCAAUAAUAACAAACUCUCACUUGAACUUCAGAUAUCUUACGGCUUCCGUCAACUUGUAAACACAGAACGUGACUUGAUUUUAAUAACAAACUCUCACUUGAACUACUGUGGAAAAAAAGCACUUGAAAAUCGACCUUGGUCACACUUGCCUAAACACAGCACUCCAGCUCGUGGGAAAAAAACUUAGUUCGUCAAAACAACUCGCUUGGAACUUGUAUACCGUUUGACAUAUGGAAUAGUAGUAGCUUCUCAACAUAUUUUAUGAUUUAAGUAACUGAUGCAAAUCUAACUGAUGCUGAAGACUCAACAUUGUGCAGCAUUUUGUAACUUUAAAUUCAUCACAAAACGGUUCAAAAGGAGCGGUCACUCGUGAAAUGUUUUUCAACACUCGAAGAGAAAUUUCAUGUCUCUUCGCGGCCAUGUAAUACUUGUAUUUAUUCCUAGAGUAAAUUAAAGACUAAACUCGAUGUGAUCUCAAGAUAUCUCGAAGUAAUUCCGGUGUCAUUUCGUGAAAUAGCCGAAACCACCCCGUACUAGGAAGAUCCUAGUGCUAAGGACAAGUACAACCCUUGCAUGUAAACUGAUUACAGGAAACAUAUGGCGAUAGGAUGAUCCGCCCUCUAGGAUCUUCCUGGUACUAGGACCUUCCUCCCUCCAUGUAAACAGCACCUUAGAGUGUCCUCUUAUCUGACGGGUCACACAGGUGAGUCGGUUUAAACCCCGUGAAAGCAAAAAAUAAUAAUUCUUUCGUCCUCGAAUAAGUUAAAGAAUAAAUCAAAGAAAUCGAAGUGAUCUCGAGAUAACUAGAACUAAUUCGGCUCUCACUUCGUCAAAUAGUCGGAUAAAAGCGAAAACCAACAGACUUUCCGUGCCCAACCUUGUCCAAAAAAAGCAACUUUGGGACAUUCCUGAACGUCGCGAAUCCUUUACUUGGCGCUGCGCCGAAGUAAUUAAAAGUUUAAAAACGCUUUGUACGCACGCUUAAUAUUAGCUGAAAGGCAGCUGAAAAGCUUACUUGGUGCUCCAGCGGUCAUUUUGAACAUUGCAGCUAAAAUUUGUAGCUAAAAGUCGCUGAUGAUAAAAGGCUCAGUGAUAUUGGGCAAUUUACAAAGGCUUGGAUAGAAGUUUACUUGGCGCUGUAUUAUAGCUAAGGCCGUAGCUGAAGUUUGAGCAGUUAGUGUGACGUAAGUCUUUGGUAUCCUUCAUUUUGUGCGUUUGGUUUGACGCCUUCACUUUCCAGCCGAAGUCACAUGGCCUGCAGGGACUUAUGGGUUACCAAAAGCAAAGAAUGGUUGUCCUGUGUCGCUAAAGACCAACUGGACCACAGGCUGGCGGUUUGAAGAUCUUGAAGAUAACAGACCUGGAACUCGUAAAUCAAAAAGUUAUCAUUUGGAUACAAAAGUGGGAGUAGAUGUUAACCGGACGUUCUGUAUAAAGGCCAACAACAACGUUUCGACUGAGUGGCCCCAAGGUAAGCUUAUUUACACUGAAAAACAAACUGCUUAUGAAGGGCUGUUUUCAUUUGAGUGUCGUCGGAUUAAUAAAUUAUUAAAAAGACCCCUCCAACCAGAUACAACUGCCUUAGAAAAUGCGACCAACUAAUCAGAGCACGAAGAAGUGCGGGUAACCGGUACCCUGGGUACCAGAGGUUUUUUCUCGCGUGCGACGAAGAGCUGAGGAGCUUUCGUCGGCCGCAGGUUGACACGUCUUCGGCCGAAGUCACUUUAAAGAUUUGACCGAAACCGGAAACCGCGCAUGAAAAGCCUCCGGCACCCAGGGUAGGUAACCGGCGCCCAGUGUGGUAAAAUUGGGGAACGAAAGGGACUGACCCGCCCUAAAAAGUCAAAAUAUAUCUUUUAGGGAUGCGGAGAGGGAAACAAACUCCAAUGUUCUUUCCUCUUGAAAAGAGAAAUACGGCUUAAGAUGUUUCCCUAAGAAGCUAACAAAAUAAUGGAGAGCGGACUUUAAAACCACAAAAGUACAAGAACGAUAACGCAAAAAUCCGUCUUACAGCAAGUCAGGAAUGGCCUUUUUCAUCCACGUUUGAUUAGUUGAUAUAGAGGUAAUAGACCAUUAUGGCCCAUGCAAGGGAAUCCAGUGAAGUCUUGGAUUCUGGAUCCACUCCGUGGAUUCCGAUUCCUGGUACUGGAUUCCAGUCUUUGUCAGCGGAACUUCGAUUCUGGAUUCCAACCGUUAGUGAGAUUCAGGACUCCACGAGAAAAAUCCGGAUUUCCCUACAUAGGGCAAACCGUUAGCGCCAACCAGAGCCAUACGCAGGCACUUUAAUCAGUUAGUGUGACUUUUAUCAGAUGCAUGAGGAAUUGAGGCUCUGUUUCUGUCAUGUAAGACCACCAAAAUCAGCACCAAAAAAUUACGAUGCAUUGUGCUUUCUAGUACGCCAUUGUUUGAAAAAAUGGCGAGAUCUUAUAAAAGAUGGCGUCACUCGCAAAGCGAAGCAAUCCAAAAUCGGCAAAAUAUAAUCUGAGGGUACUUCCAAAUUCCAAACUUAUGUGUCAGGCUAUUUCUCUUUCUCUCUUCGUCCACAGUCUUGAACAGUUCGGGUCAAAUUGAUCAAUUUUCAUAUCUGCUUUUUUUAGGUCAAUACUGUAUUUUUAAGAAAGGAAAUUGCCCCAAAGGAUUAAAGAAAGGGUAUGUCUUUUGGGACGAUGAGAAUGGCAAGAACAUCAACAAGAAAGGAGGGACACUUCCAGACGGCAUAUACGACCAAGACACUUUGGUUUACUACUGCUGCAGAACAGAUGGUGACAAAUAUACACCCAUCCCCCUUCCCGUCAUAAGUCCUUUCUAUCUUAAGGCGUUCAAUACGUCAGAGUGUCAACGAGUUGAAGGCGCAAUUGCUACGGAGGAGUUUAUACGAUUUGACACUGAAGAUAGCAGAAAUAAAGACCGACAGAACGGAAGCUAUCCUUAUGGCGCGGGAAUUGCAAAUCAUCUACUUAUCUACUGUUAUUAUGAAAGUAGGUAACAAAGCCUUUUUUCCUAAUUUAAGUGUCACCAUCUGUAGUAAUUCAUCUAAUUCAGUUAAGAUACUUAAACUACUUUUCAACGAGUUAAAACUGAAGUCACAUCAAGGCCAAUCAAAUUCGCGGUAAACAUAGUGACAUCUAUCUUUGCUACGAAUUAUCAAAGAUAUCGUAAAUUAUCUAAUAAACGCUCACUUUAAAAUAAACGCCUCUUAUCUAAUAAACGCCCUUCCCCCGCCCACGCUGUUAAGUUUGUAUUAAACGCCCCUAUCGAAUAAACGCACCCCCACCACCCCCCGUGAAAAUUGCUCCAAAAUACUAAGAAAUGGCGAUCAUCUUGGAUCGCUAAAAUUAAAUAAACGCCCUGGGCGUAUCAUUUACGGUAAACCCAACAUUGUACAUUUAUGAAGUCUACUUAAAUUUAGAUGACAAGAAGUUUUAAUACAUUGGACAAAAACAAAAUAACAACAACAACUGCAGUUUCUGUUUAAGGCCUUCGAGGAAAGUUUGUUCGUUUGUUUGUUUGUUUGUUUGUUUGUUAUUUGGGUUUUCGGGCGCCUUCGUCUAGACCCUUGAGUUUGUUUUCUCAGGUUGUCAGUUCACAUACAGCUUGAACGGAAUUCGAGAUGAACAGAUAGAAUUCACUUCUCCGAAGUCUUACGACGAUGGAUAUCCCCUUUCUCAGAAAUGCACGUGGCUAUUUGCUGCCCCAGAGAAAAAGGAGGUCCACAUAGAGUUUCUUGAAAUGGACAUCGAAAAUGGUGACGUUAUUAAGAUUCACAAAAACUGGAAAAGCGAUGGACCAGCAUGGACGAUUGACAAUACUGGAAAGCAUCCUCUUAAGGUUGAAGGCUAUGGAAGUGCAAGAUUUCUUUUUAUGGAGUUUCAGUCUAGAAAACCUGAUUCUUCAAAGAAGAAAUCUAAAGGUUUUCGUGGCGUCUUUAAAAUUAAAGGUGGUGGAGGUAAGAUUCAGAUUGCUUGAGCUCGUUCGUUGUUUGUCUCGCCAUCUUGUGUUGAAGGAGAACAAGCAAAAGAGCCUGGAAAUGAGAAAUGUUUUGUGACACGCCCGACACGCACUAAUCUUUCUGACGUCAUAGUCAGCAACGUAUUCCUUCAACAGAGAGGUUACGCACCACGUCUGGGCAAACCGCUGCCUCCCACCGGUUUGUCGUUUGUUGUUGGUGAUCAGAUCGCCUCUUGUGCUUAACCAUCAUCUACAGAGCGUAUUCACUCACGUGGCCAGCAUCUAUGCAAAUUUAUGGGAGCAAGAGAAAUUUUUUACAUAAGAAGAUUCUAACUCCCACAGGAUUUGUUUGGAACACCAAUAUGGCCGCCGUGACGUCAUGUGAAUACGCUCCAUAAUCAUAGAUCCAAUGCAAAAAUGGCUGCUAGAUUAAUAUUCUUUUGCUUGAUUUAAAACUAGCCUGACUAGCCUCGUUCUCCAGUACAAAAUUCAAAAGAAUACAUUAUCUCAAGCGAGGCUAGUCAGGCCAAUCUUAAUUUAAACAAAAGAAUAUCAGUCCGGCAGCCAUUUUUGCAUUGGGUCUAUUAGUCCCAACUAUGCAAAGGUCACUCACAGUCCGUUUUCUACAAUCUAAUAUGGGUUUAAUUCUUCAGGUUUCACUAAUCAGUUUUUUUCUCGCGCAGCAUGAAAUAAAAGAGAAGUUAUAUUUACUAUUUGUGACAGCCUGUGAUCAUGCCUAUCUAUCUUUCUGACGGUAUCGGGAAGGAGAAAAAUUCUUUGUUCUCCGUUUCUUCUCAAACAAGAGUUUUAAUUAACCCUGAUUGUAGGCUACAUCAGAUGCCCCUUUUUGCAUAGUCACACACUGUAUAAAAUAAUAUAUCAGGAGGUUUAAGCAACGACGACGGUGACGUCAACGAGAACAACUUUGCAAAUGUAUCUCACUUUCUUGAACAUUUCUUUGGCGUCGUUGCUCGACUACGACGUGAAACGUUCUAAUUUCACGUUUUGUGGAGUACGUGACCGCAAGACAAUGACUUUCUUUUUCUUUUCCUGAACUUUGAUACAGUCUUUCAGAAUUCAACUACAGAAAAAUUUGCCAUCAUUUGACGAAUUGAACGAUAUAAAAUAAGCACGAUAUAGUUUUGAGCAGGGCGAAUUCACUUUUUAAGUGACGUUUUCGUGGCCGUGGCUGUUGUUGUUGCUUAAGCUCCCCAAUAUAUUGUUAUUACCAGACGCGUCCAUAAACGCUCACUUCUCGAUUGUCUUAGAGAUUCCGUUCCAUCUUAAGCUUCUUUGUGUUCACGCCAUUUUAGAGUUGCCUCCUUCGAAUGUCGAGUGGCCUUCCGGGACUUUUGGGAUCCCUCGUCCCAGGCUCGGAUGUCCUCGCUCAAAGAACGUCACGUGGUCUACUGGCUGGCUAUUUCAGGACACGGAAGACGUAAAACCCAACAACUAUCAUUCACAGAAUUUUCACAUGAACUCAUCAGUCAUGAAAGAUGACGUAAACAGAACCUUCUGCAUAGCUACAGAAAAUAAUGGGACAAAGUCUUGGCCUAAGGGUAAGGCUUUGGACAGUCAAUUUUAGUCUGCGAACAAGUUUUCCAGUGAAAAAUCACAAGAAUGCGGCGCGCAACUAUGAAGCGAGGCUUUCACUAGGCUCGAUUACCAGCCACUGUUCAAGAAACGAGCCUGCGCUUGAGAGAGCGGUGGAAAUCGAGCCUAGGUUUUCACGAAUCAAUCAUGGAUGAUCUUUCAUUUAAUUUCCAAUAAAGACAGUUUUCUGUAGGACUAUUUGUCUUUCAUUUGCUCACCAAAAAAACGUGAAAUAAAGCAUGGAAAGAAUGGACUCAGUUGAAGGUUAUAUUUUAAAGUUACUGCCUUCAUGUACAGCUCUGUGUGCAGUAUGAAAAUAUCACCCCACAUGAAUUGUCUCAGUCUAGGAUUUCUUCCAAUAAUUCCGUUAUUCCUGUUAUGGCUAGCUUCAAUUCUCAUGUAAAUGCUAAUGUUUAUUGCAUUUAUUUUUAUCUCAUUUUAGGUCAAUACUGCAUCUACAAAAGGGGCACAUGUCCAAAAGGACUCACAGAGGGAUACAUAUUUUUUGAUGACGAAAAUCUCAAAAACCAAAACGAAAUGGGAGGGGUACUACCGGACGGAGAAUACACCAAGGAUACCAAGCUUUUCUACUGCUGUAGAACAGAUGGUGACAAAGCAGAGCCUAUCUCUCUACCCAUUAGUAGUCCCUUUUACCUCUUGGCGUACAACAAUUCCGAAUGUCAGCAAGUGAAUGGAGCGCUUGCUACAAAGGAGUUUAUACGAUUUGACAACGAGGACACAGGAAACAAGGACGCCAAGAGUGGGACGUAUCCGCACGCGUACGGAAACUUAAUAAUCUCCUAUUGUUACUAUGAAGGUUAGUAUGGUAAUAACCUGGAAGUAAGCUCUUUGGGGCGCUCUGGCGGCAGGGCGGGAAAAGGACGGAGAGCUUGUAACUACGGCUCUGGAAUUUGAAGUCCGCCUCCAAUUCCCCCGUGGCUCCCCGUCGGCUGAACUGUCAGAUUUCCACCAAUCAGUGCAAAGCGGAAACGAGAGUGAAUGUAAACAAACAUUGAAAAACACGUUAGAGAUCAUUACUGAUGUCAUCUCCGCCAAUCAGCAUUUUGAAUUGACGUUGUUGCAAGCUCUCCUUUCCUUUCCUUCCUCGCCGCCAGAGCGCCCCGGAGAGCUUUCUCGUAGGCUAGUAUGGUAACCAAGGGCACUUUAACGCUGAGCAAUGUUUCUGCAUCUUGUCAUGCAGUGUUCGUUUCGUUAAGAAACGAUAUGGGGACUGGUGCCGCAAUUGUCUCUGGAAUCGCUACUGGGGACGCACCGGUCAGCUGAUGGCUUCUUGUUUCUUAACCCUUUCACUGCCAAGUGUGGCCAAAGGCAAGUUUCGACCAAAUUUCCAAAUUUCAUUUUCCAAAAUUGUGGGAAGCAAAUAGCAUCACGUGAAAGUACAGGCAGAGAGCUUUCAUUUGAAUGGUCACAUCAUAGGAUUUCGUCCACAGACUCAAAAGUUAGAGUCACCUUACAAAACUCCAUCAAACAGUCUGGCAGUGAAAGGGUUAAAUGGGGCAUUACAAAACAAAUUUUAGAAACGGCACUUUGCCCAGGGCAAAAAAUCUUGCAACAAGCAAAAUUGCAUCUCACGUUUUCUUAAGUUACACAGAGGAAAUUCUCCGAUUAUCAUGAGCAUGAUCUAUAUCAUUAUUGUUUCAAUCCUUAGCUUGUCAUUUCACCGUCAGCGCGACAUCCCAGGAGUUUGUGUCUCCAAGUUACGCUACCGGUGGUUACCCCAGUUCUCAGCUUUGCACGUGGCGGUUCCUGGUACAAGAGAGCAAUCCUCCAACUGAGCAGGUUUUAAUCAAAUUCCCGGAGUUUAACCUUCAAAAGGGCGGAGACGGAGAUGUUGUAAAGAUUUACAGCGGAUGGGAUGAGAAAGCCCCUCUUCUUGCAGAGUUCAGCGGGGAUAGACCUCCACCAGCGAAGGGCGUGGCAUUUAAGUCUCCCGUAGUUUUUCUGGUGUUUAGAUCCGAUUCUCGUGGAAAAUCAAAGGGCUUUCGUGGACUGUUCGUCAAUCAGCGUGAGUUUAAAGGGUUUUUAUGUAGUAAAGGACGCACUUAAUGUAUGAGUUUCUCGUUCGAACAGCAGUGACUACCAAUAAGGAAGCAGUGUGAUUGGUGGACUUGCCAUCCGGUGGUCCAAGGUUCUCUUCGCCACUUGCUGGUUUUUUUUUUCGGCAAGAGAACAUUUCUCGGUGGUCCCGAGUUCAAAUCCUCGGCCACACUUGUAAAUAGACAGCAGGUCGCCUCCUGCUAGUUGGGGUUUUUAACCCUGUUAUGUUCUCUGUGCAUUGUUUGUUUCUAAUUAUGUGUUUCUCUUUUUGUAGCUUAUGACGCAACAGCUGUACCUAAACAUCCAAUUACCCUUCCUUAUACUUCGACGAUUAAGCCAAGUAAGAACACUUUUGCAAUGUCCGGAACUUUUAACAAUCCAUAAGUGACCGCUACGUUUCUGGGAAACUGCCCACCUACCCCUCCCCUAAGCCGACAUUUUGCCCUGAGUGAGAAGUAAGUGUUAAUGUUGACUAACAUCAGUUUUCUCCCUACAAUAUCCAUAGCUUGUUAAGAGAUACGGUUGUGAGAAUUAACAAAUGAUCACCAAAGAAAAAAUGCCUUGAUCUUUUAUUAAAUUCUCUCAACUAAUUCUUAAAGGAAAUGUAUUGAGAUCAGUUUGGAGAAUUUGAAUGUUAAUAUUGGAACUUAAAGGAUUAAAUGAGCUGUGUCACUGACGGUCUACUUCAUUGGGUUAAUGCUGCCAAUAACGCGUCUUUAUUCGUUGAGGGACGUAAGGAAAAUAUUGUCAAUUUACUAAUCAGGUUGAAGGGCAAUUCGAAACACAUUUCCGGUAGCUCGCUGAGUACGUUGGGGAACCAGAUUCCGGGGGGGGGGGACUCCGCAUAUGAAAGGUGUGGGGAUGCUCGUCGUCUCGCUUAGGGGUGUAAAUUUCGGAUUUUGGUCUCACUUAGGGUGUUCUGGGCAAAACGCCAUCAUAUUUAGCCGUGAAGGUCUCCUUUAGGGUUGCACGCCAAAAAAUAUAAAAAUAUAUAUAUUAUCUGUGUCUUAACAUGGUCUCUUUUAGGGGUCAAAAAAAGCCUGGGCCACGCCCAGAUCGGUCUCCUUUAGGGGUUGGAUUCAAACCCUUUUAUAUGCGGAGUGCCUCCCCCCCCCCCCCCCCCGCCCACGAGAGAGGAAAGUGCACAUUCUCGCUGACACCAAUAAACCGGGGAUGAAAACCGCCUGUCCGCGGGGGUGGGAGCCACCAAAAAAAAAAUUUCUAUAUUCCUCCUACAACAGGUACAAAAAUAAAAAAAUAACAAAGAUAAAAACAAAAGGGGAGAGGGAAGGCAGGAAAACAACAAAAAAAAUAAAAAAUAAAUAUAUUUCUUGUUCUUAAACUGGGUUCUUUUUGGGGGCAAAAAAAGCCUUGGCCCCGCCCCAAUGGGGCCCCUUUUGGGGGUUGAUUCAAACCCUUUUUUAGGCGGGGGGCCCCCCCCCCCCCCCCCCGGGACCAGAUGAAGGAUAUCGGCUCUGCUUCGGAGACAUUACUAACCGGAGUUAGAUCACCUCUGUGACGCAGGCUAGGUAGCCAUUAACAAGUAAUUUCUCAAGUUCCUUAGCAAAUGAGGACACGUUAAAAAUAGUGAACUUACGCAACAGAACGGGAGAGGAGAGAAGACGGCAAACCUUGUGUGAAAAGCGUGACAAUAAUUUUGUUUGAAAAAGCCUUCUGCCAAACUUCACCUUCCUUUAGAAAGAUCUUUUUGUAAAAUACAAAACCAGAGUAAUGUUAAGUGAAGAUCAGGUCAAAACUCGCAAAAAGCAGCCCUGUCACGUUUGUCGCGCACAAGUGUUUUGCUGUCUCUCCUUCCUGUGGUCCUGUUGCGUAAACUUACUAUUAACAGGAUGAACUAGACAGUAGAGUCUAGCUGUAGAGUCUAGGGUAAUGCAUCGUUUCCCUAUGUUUUUUAUAGUUCCUUCUUCGACUCCAACUGUAACGCCAACGGAACGAGCCGCAAAGACAAUAUCGACUGAAAAAGUUAGUUCUACUGAGGUCAAGAAGCCAGUAGGGACGCCUAGAAAAUCUGUGGCGCGUCCGAGAAAAGGUAACAUUAAUGUAUGUGUUGCAGUUAAUUUUUUAUUUCAGUUAAUUUUUGUUUUUCCGUUGUUUUUUGCCAUGGUAAUGAAUCUGAAACAAAGAAAAACAAAACUUAACUGAAACAAAAAAAUUACCUGCAACAUAUGUGAUAAUGAGCAAUUGUUUAGUGAGGCUAAGAAGGAUGUAAUGAAUUAUAAAGAUCGAGCAGGAUGUUAUUUUUCUUGCAGAUUCUCUUCAAAAAGUAGACAGUAAAGAUAAAAAGCAUGGGAAUGAAACAUUUAAUCAACAAUGAAAACGUGUGUUAACUUAAAAACAUAUUUUCGGUCACCGAGUUUGUUUUUUUAAUGAGUAUCUGCCAUUUUCACCCAAGAGCGAUCGCAAAAAGGCGAAAAGCGUGUUUUCAUUUACGCAUGAGCAGAAUAUUAUUUGCAGCCAAACACAGUUGGAAUACAGCAGACCAUUAUUUGUGGGGAAUUAUUUACAGGCCACGUGGUGGGCUCUCGAUCAAUGAAAAGGAAAAAUAAAUUGCUUCGAAUGAUAAUCAUUAUUAUGACUAUUGUGAUUAUGAUUAUCAUGGUUAUGAAUAUUAAUAUCAUUAAUUAAUAUCAUGUUGUUGUUGUUUCAUCUUUAAUAUUAUGAUUAUGAUUAUGAUUAUUAUUAUUAUUAUUAAACUACAGGGGAUAUUUUUUUUUCUGACGAAUGUUUUGCAAACACUUUGCAGGUUCCAAUGUUUCGGCUAUCGUCGCGCCAGUGGUAGUGAUCGUUUUGCUCGCCGUUCUGCUGUUGGUUGGAUUCUUCUACUGGAGAAGGUGGGAUCCGCACGCCUUAGUAGAAACACCAUAAAACACUUUUAAAGGGAACCUGAACGUUAAAAGUGGAAACAGGCGAUUUUUUUAUUAGUUUCCCUAUUCGCUUUAGUAAAUGGUAAGAAAUGGUGCCUGGUUUUUCUUCCUCGUAGCCAGUGGCUGAACUGCGGAGGAACCAGAGAGGUGAGAUCGGCAGGUAAAGGUACACUUCGCAGCCGCCUUAAUCUAUGUUUGAUCACACUUCGCCCACCCCAGACCUCAAGACUAACGACGGCACAAAUUAGAUAGACUAUGACACUGGGGGCUAUACCCCCCUUAACUUGCGAUCAUCCCUCUUCCCUUAGACUAACAUCCUCUACUCUUUUCAAACAAUUUCACGGGUUCGUUUUAUUCAUAAACCUGGAAGUUGUAUGAAAUUUAAAAAUAAUCCUAUAUGUGCAGUCACAGUGAGGCUAUCUACAAUGGAUUUUAUGUUUAUUCCAUGACAGAAGGAGCUCCAUUAA